AACCGUCGAACCAGUACAACCGUUAGGUUGAGGUGUUUCAAACCAUUAAAUCGAUUAAAUCGAUUCCGACGCUUAUAUUACUUAUCGCGAUCGUCCUCUAUACUUGAUGUGUAUCCUCCCAAGAAUCAUCACGGAAUAAGAGCUGGAGACCGGAUAAUUUCUUGGAUUUCACAGGUACUACAAUUGUUGGGCUCUCGGUGGUUCUUGACGAUGCCUGUAACUUAUGCUGGCAUGAAGAAACUCGCUCCGUUGUCUGGUCUGUUGUACAAGAAAGCAAGAUUAGGAUUUGGGGCAAGUUUUAGAAGGUGGUUUUGUGUUGAAAGUGGCAGGGGAGAGGACUUUGGUGGAGAAUUGUAUAGGGGGAAAAAAUUUGGAGCUGUAUGGGGAAAUGGAGAUUUCGGGAGGCUGGGAUUAGGGAAUUUGGCCUCCGAGUGGAGGCCCCGCCCUAUUUCGCCAGCCGCUUUUGAUGAUCAGGGUUUGGUGGAGAUCGCGUGCGGCGGUGCCCACACUCUUUUUUUAACUGAAAGAGGAGAUUUGUAUGCUACAGGACUUAAUGAUUUUGGACAGCUUGAGGAUGGAGAACUCUAUAUGUGGGGAAAGAACGGAAAUGGACAGCUUGGCCUGGGAAAAAAGGCAGAAAAGAUAACUUUUCAUCCCCAUAAAAUUGAUUCCUUGGAUGGAGUCACCAUUAAAACAGCUUCCUUAGGAUUUGAACACUCGAUUGCAGUAACAGAACAAGGUGAAAUUUUGAGUUGGGGCGGAGGGGAGUCUGGAAGACUUGGUCAUGGACAUGAAUCGAACAUUUUGGGUUUCCACAAAAGUAGCAGGUUUUUCACAAUAUUAGGUCAAGAGCAUUUCUGCUGGAAUGCUUCACUCUGCCUGCACUUCUGGUAAACAUAUUAUGGCAUCGAGGAGUAAGGUUUUCGAUGUCUGGGUGGGAUAUUGUGGCGAACUGUACACAUGGGGCUCCAACGAGAAUGGCUGUCUAGGAAUUGGCUGCACAGAAGUCACUUAUGAACCUGAAAGAGUUGAAGGUCCAUUUUUGAGGCAAUCUGUUAGCAAGGUAUCAUGUGGUUGGAAGCAUACUGCAGCAAUUUGCGGAGGUAAUGUUUACACGUGGGGUUGGGGUGGUUCACAUGGAACAUUUAAAGAAGAUGGACAUUCGCCAGGCGGACAGUUGGUUAGCUUUUAUUUCUGGUCAAGGCAAUGAUGCUGACUAUAUUGAGCCGAUGUUGCUCGACUUUCACAAGAGUGUCAAAGCAUUUGAAAUAUCUUGUGGAUUUAAUCAUACAGCUGGCGUCUUCGAAUUCAUGUGAUGGAAGACCAGUGUUUUUGUGCAACUUGAUGUUCCUCACACAUGUACUCAUUGCUAAGGAGUUCAUUUUAUUAUUGCUUAUUAUUCCUUGGUUGAUAAACAUCAGUAACGAUUUGACUCAAGUUAUUGGUGCAAAAUAAGUGGUCUUUUGGUAACUAAUUGGGGGACUUUACAGAAUCUGACAACGAUUGUGUUGGUUGAUUAUUAAAUGAGCUGUAGCUUUUGUUGUGUAUCGAUACGCCGUGUACUGAUUUCAUUAUGUAAACCAAACAGCACAAAUGACUGGUGGUGACAUUACACCAAUUUCUCUGGUGUUUUUUGGCAUGUUGGAUAAACUAAUUCUUUUGCCCCUAUGAUUAUGGAUUUUGCUCAAUUAGAGCAAACUUUAGCACCUGCUUGCGCAGUGAUGAUUGGUCAUUUGACAGUACAUAUGACUGCUU